UGACAAGCCAAUGACGAAGUGCCUGUGAUAAUACCGUGUCCCGUUGCCGGUAAAAUUAAUAACGUUAACCAUGCCUGUGCCUUUUGACUCAGCAAUUUGCAUUCUAAUCAUACUUUCUCAGGAACUGUGGAGACACACUGAACAGGUGUACUCUGUUAACCUGUACAUACGUGUCCUGGUAACGGAGUAUGAAUCCCAGCACCAUCUGUAUCAACAAGAUCAAGGCCUAGGCCCUCGGAGGAGACGGCAGCGUCCACGUGGACCACUGAUGGCUUCGCAGGAAAGCGCUGUCCAAACUGACCCUGAACAGCUCGGCACUGUAGCUGAAGUUGAACCCAGUUCUGCAGCUGUAGUAGGUCAGGCCGCAACAUCGACCACAGGGGACCCAGAAGUACCUGUCCCUCACACAGCGGGCCAGCAGGACUCAGGCUAUGGAAGUCCUGGGCAGAUGGCAGAACAACAGCGACCAGCUGACGUUGCUCGGAAUGCAAACAAAGCAACUGAACAUGGUGCUGAAGGUCAAGAUGAUGGUGCUGGGAAACAGGCUGACAGUGCUGGGGGUCAGGCUGGGGUGGGGGCUUGUGAUGCUGGGGGUCAGGCUGGGGUGGGGCUUGUGAUGCUGGGGGUCAGGCUGGGGUGGGGGCUUGUGAUGCUUGGGUCAUGA